AUGGCUAUCCUACGACUCGCAGUGUGUAUAUCUGGAGUAUACGCUACGUUUCUUCUCUGGGCAAUCGCUCAAGAACGAUUAUCCAAACCCUUCCCCUCUAUCCACCCUCACCCGGAUUCUCAACCGAACGAUCCUUCAGAGCCUCUUCCAGGGGACAAAUUCCCAUCUCCGAUCUUUCUCAAUUUCGCCCAGGCCAUCGCAUCGUCGCUGAGCGCGUUAUGUUAUUUGGUUUUCAAUGCUUGGAGAGAGGGCUGGAAUGGGAGGGGAAUGGGGAAAGUGCUGGGUCUGAAUGAUUUAUUUGGUGGGGAGCGGAAAGAAGAAAAUGGGGUCUUUGAGAAGGCUGGAACAGAGGUUGCUCCCAAAGCAAAGCCGGGCAGAAAGUCGCUCUUGGCCCUGCUUGUACAGGUAUCGAUCUUCCAGACGAUAGCGAGCCCUAUCGGGUUCAUGGCUCUCCGGCACAUUUCUUAUCCCACCAUGGUUCUCGGCAAGUCGUGUAAGCUCAUCCCCGUGCUGCUCCUGAAUGUGCUUUUGUACAGGCGCAAAUUCUCUUCGCACAAGUAUGUGGUGGUAGCGCUCGUUACGGUGGGGAUCAGCAUGUUCAUGUUGAUGGCCGAAGCACCAAAGAAGAAGAAGGGCGGGGCGGAUAGUAUACAGGGUCUCGUCUUAUUGCUUGUCAACCUCUUGAUUGACGGUCUCACCAACUCGACCCAAGACCAAAUAUUCUCGUCCUACCCCACAUUCACCGGUCAACAGAUGAUGUUCACCAUGGCCCUCACAACUCAAAUCAUCCUUCUCCCCCUCCUCCUCAUUCCCCUUCCAUCCCACCCAAUUGCCCUCCUGGCCAACCUUCCCCUGCUUCUGGCGAAUACCUUGCCCACAUCAUCACUCACUUUUGCCCCUCCUGCCGCGUUAGAGUCAAUCUCUUUCCUCCUCUCCCACCCCGCUGCUCUACAGCCUCUGCUGGCGUAUGCCCUGCUCGGCGGGCUGGGUCAGCUUUUUAUCUUUGAGACGAUCCAGCACUUUGGAUCGCUCACCCUCGUCAUGGUCACCGUCACCCGCAAACUCUUCACCAUGCUUCUCAGUGUGUUUGUGUUUGAACACAAGCUUACGCCAGGGCAGUGGGGUGGUGUGGGGGUGGUGUUUGCGGGUAUUGGGGUCGAGGCGGCACAGAAGAGGGGAUCUGGCGCGAAGAAGGCUGAAAAGACGGACAAGAAGGAAUAG